CAUCCUGCCGCCCCUGGGGUUGGCCAGUCUCGAUGAGGGCGCAGGCUCCGCCGAGGUGGCCGCAGGUGACGUCAGGGGAGCUUGCGCCGAGGCUCCCCAGAGGACCCUGCAUCUGGCCCUCGAGUGCCUCCUUAUGGCGCUCGAGCAGGGCGCAAGCUCCGCCGAAGUGGCCGCAGGGGACGUCAUGGGGGCGUGCGCCGAGGCUCCCCAGACGACCCUGAAUCGGGCCCUCGAGCGCCUCAUUUUGGCGCUUCGGCAAGGCGCAAGCUUCGCCAAGGUGGCCGCAGGGGACGUCAUGGGAGCGUGCGCCGAG